AUGAUGUGUGAGUGCAGCCGGCGCGCGGCUAUGGGGUUCGGCGCGCGUCGGGCGCUCCGCUUCCUUCUCCUGCUGCUGCCUGUGUCCGGGGCGGCGGGCGCGGGUCUGGCUGCGCUGCCGCUAGUCGUCAACACCUGGGCAUUUAGGAAAGCAACGGAAACAGCAUGGUAUACCUUACAGUCAGGAGGCUCUGAGCUGGAUGCAGUAGAGAGAGGCUGUGGUCAGUGUGAGACUGAUCAGUGUGAUGGAAGUGUGGGGUUUGGAGGAAGUCCAGAUGAACAUGGAGAAACAACAUUGGAUGCCAUGAUUAUGGAUGGCAACACCAUAGAAGUUGGGGCAGUAGCAGAUCUCAGACGUAUAAAAAAUGCUAUUGGUGUAGCACGGAAAGUGAUUAAGCAUACUAAGCACACAUUAUUAGUGGGGGAGUCAGCCUCACUGUUUGCAGAAAGCAUGGGAUUUCCAUGUGAAGAUUUAACCACACAGAAUUCUCUUUCAAUAUAUUUAAAGUGGCUUAAUCAAAACUGUCAGCCAAACUACUGGAAGAAUGUAAUACCAGAUGCUUCAAAAUCCUGUGGACCAUACAAACAGGCUAAACAAUUAAAUAGUGAAGAAUGGAUCAACUCACAGAAAAGAAUAAAUAUUCAUAAUCAUGAUACAAUUGGCAUGAUUGUAAUUGGUGGUUCCGGAAACGUUGCAGUGGGGACAUCUACAAAUGGUGCAGUCCACAAAAUCCAGGGUCGUGUAGGGGACUCGCCAAUAGCUGGAGCUGGAGCCUAUGCUGAUAGUACAACUGGAGGAGCGGCAGCCACCGGAGAUGGUGAUAUCAUGAUGCGCUUUUUGCCCAGCUAUCAAGCAGUGGAAUAUAUGAGGACAGGAACAGAUCCAACUACAGCUUGCCAGAAAGUUAUUUCCAGGAUCCAGAAGUAUGUUCCAUACUUCUUUGGUGCUGUUAUCUGUGCCAACACAACUGGAAGUUAUGGUGCUGCCUGCAAUAAAGUUCCAGGAUUCACUCAGUUUCACUUCAUGGUUUUUAGUCCUUUGCUAAAUCAGCCAUCUGAGCAAGUAGUAGACUGCAUUUAAUUUUUAUUGUACCGACUGCAUUUACAGUUAAACACGAAGGAGGAAAAGAAGGCGGAAAAGGCUCACUGACUGCCAUUUUACAAAGUGUUUGCAGUUUCCUUUUGCACAGAUAUUUGAGGAAGAGUAAUGUAUGUGGAGAUAGCACAUAUCUCUCUCCUUUUUUUAAUGUAUUUUGUUUUAUUACCAUGUCACCAAUAUGUUAGUAAACUUGAUUUGUAGUUUCUCAAGCUAGCAAACUAAUUUAUUAAUCUGGCAGGUUAUUUCUAAAUUCUGGUGGGCAAAUUGGCUUCAUCUACAGGAUGAACAAAUUUGAUUUUUUUUUUUAGAUACUGUGUAGAGAUCCAAAAUAUCUACUAAUGAUAAAGUGGGAUUUCAAAAUACUCUGCUGGUAUAUGUUGAUGACUAUAGUUUAAAAUGGGAAAUGCCUUUUGGAACCAGUCUCAAAAACAGAUGAAAGUUUGUAUGACUGUUGUACCAAGAAGAACUGGAGAACAAUUUCAUGACUGAAUGGAGAAGCAAAAGCUUCUGCUUUUGUGGUGAUGCUUCAUCGUUCCAUGAUGUUCAGUCACAGUGAUGCACUAUUACAUUGCAAAUGUUAUCCUGCAGUGUCAGGAAAUUACUCUAUUUUGUGGCUUUUUGUGACUCAGGUACAUUAUAUCUUCACUCCCUCCUUUCUUCUUUUAUUUCUGGGAACAAGUGGAGAUGUUUCUUACUCCCCUUCCAAUCCCAAAGUGUUGGGUAGGAUCCCAGCAACUGACUCAUUUUCAGAAGAUGGUUUCCAUACUGUGCUUCCCUUUUCACUUCACAUGUUGUGUUCUGUCAGUGUGGGCAGUGCUUCUGUGAUCAGCAUUCCAUUGCUGCCUAAGCUCAGGUAAAGCAUCCAUCAGAUGUACAGAUUCCGAGCCCACAGGAGAACUGUGGAUGGAAUAAGACUGAUUUUUCUGUAUUAAAUCUUUCACUGGCCAUAAUUUAUUUUUGUAAAUCUUUUCAUUUUAACAGACCUUUUUGGCAGCUGAACCCCAGAUUAAUAAAUUAGAGGUGAUAAGUAACAGCAUGGAUUUGUCAAGAAUAAAUCAUA